UCGUGAAACAGAAGAGAAACCAGUGUAAAGAGUCCGAGUUUGGGAUGUCCGGAUCGAAGUGAAGAGCACCGUCAAAGAUAACAACGUGUGGAUGCUUUGGCUACGUGGGAAUGGAAGGAAUGCCGUGAGCUUUCAUCGAAAUGGACCGGACAGCCGUUUUUUCUUGUUUUUCCAGGAGUUGUGGCAGCGACUGAGGGGGAUUCCUACGUGUCAAAGCGCUUCCAAGUGAAACGCGGAAGAAACGGCCCGAGGAAGUGUGACUGAAAGCGGGCUGCUGCGUUCAGGGCGCCCUGCUCCGCCCUCGCCAUCAGUACUAUGUGACGCCGCGGCAGCAGCGGCUCGUAGCGGGGACACGCGAAGCCCACGGAGGGGAGGAGCCGCUCGCUUUCUCGCGUUGAGGGGGGAAAUGAGAUAAUGAACUGCUACAAAGUCGCCGACUGACUUCGCGACGGGAGGACGGACGGCAUGGGAAGGAACGGAGCGGCGGUUCUGGACGGCUACCGACGCAUGCUAGCUGCGCUAGCCUAGCUCAGCCGAGGCCGGACACCGCCGGACGCAGCCCGCAGAGCGAGCGGGACUGCGCGGACUGAGGAGUGGAGGCACGGCUCAUCCGAAGACGGCAGGAGUGGAUGUUUGUUGUGAGCAGCACAUGGCCGCCUGUAUUCUGCUGACAGACAUGGACCCGCCCACAUCCAGUCUCGCAGCACGUCCCAACGAGGCCCCGCCCGACCUCGGCCCGGCCAAGCAGGACGCGGACGCCGCCUGCCUCAUGGUCCACCUGCACCACCCGGGGAACGGCGACGGGCGGACUGGGCCGAGCCAGAACCGCUCGCACAGCGUGCUCACGUUCCCGGCGGGUCAGUACGUGGCCGAGGAACUGUGCACGAGGGCAGCGAAGGCGUGCGGAAUUGCUCCAGUGUUUUGCGGUUUGUUUGGUCUAAUGAGGGACAGUGACAGGACGUUCUUCCCUCCUAAUCACAUCUUUAAACUCAACCCUUCAGCCAGUGAGAAACUGGUCUUCAGGAUCAGGCACUAUUUUCCAGGCUGGUAUAAAAACGGGAGUUCAUUCUAUGCCCAUCGUUACGGCGUAUCGAAGGGGGCGGAGAGUCCCGUCAUGGACGAUUGUGUCAUGGCUUACCAGUUUUUUCAGUGGCGCAGUGACUUUCUCAACGGCUGGGUUCAAAUCCCAGUGAGCCACGAGUCCCAGGAGGAGUGUCUGGGCAUGGCAGUGCUGGACAUGAUGAGGCUUGCUAAAGAGUGUGGUCAGUCACCUGUAGACAUCUACAAUGAAAACAGCUACAAAUCCUUUCUGCCAAGAUGCAUGCGAAGCCGCAUCCAGGAAUACAACAUCCUGACCCGAAAGCGGAUCCGCUACCGCUUCAGGAGGUUCAUCCAGCAGUUCAGUGAAUGCAAGGCCACAGUGUGCAACCUCAAGCUGAAGUACCUGAUGAGCCUGGAGAUGCUGUUGCCCUCCCUCUACAUCGAGCGCUUCCGCGUGACGGACCUCUCGGCGCGCGAGGUCACCAUCAUUGUCAGCGGCAACGAGGGAAUCCAGUGGUCAAAGGGGAAAGAGGAGGAGGGAGCAGAAGAGGCACUUCAGACGUUCUGUGACUUCCCAGAGGUGAUCGACAUCAGCAUCAAGCAGGCCAAUAGCGAAGGGUCUGUGGAGAGUCGCAUAGUUACUCUCACCAGACAGGACAACCACAUCCUGGAACUGGAGUUUCAUUCGCUUCCAGAGGCCCUGUCGUUUGUGUCACUGGUCGAUGGAUAUUACCGACUAGUCGCUGAUGCCCAUCAUUACUUGUGUAAAGAGGUGGCUCCCCCCAGACUCCUGCAGUGCAUUCAGAGCUACUGUCACGGUCCUGUGUCGAUGGAGUUUACAAUCGCUAAGCUGCGUCGCUCUGGUAAUCACCAAGGCCUGUACAUUCUUCGCUGCAGCCCAAGGGACUACGAUAAAUACUUCAUGUCCUUUGUGAUAGAGUCUGAAAACACGGUGGACUGUAAGCACUGUCAGAUCGUGAAGACUGAGUCAGGAGAAUACAUCUUGAGCGGUGCCAAAAGGGGCUUCGACUCGCUGAAGGAGCUCCUGCACUGCUAUCAGAAAGAGGCGCUGCGCACUGAUGGUUACACGUUCCAGCUGACCAGGUGCUGCCCACCCAGCCCCAAAGAUAAAUCCAACCUACUGGUGUGCAGAAAUAAUCAAGGGUCAGAAGUCUGUCUGUCUCCCUUGCUUCACAAACACGACAUCAGCCAGAUGGUGUUCCACAAAAUCCGGAAAGAGGACCUUGUCAUUAACGAGAGUCUAGGCCAAGGAACCUUCACCAAGAUCUUCUGUGGAGUGAGGAAGGAGCUGGGGGACUACGGAGAGAUACACCAGAUAGAUGUGGUUAUUAAGAUCCUGGACAAGGCUCAUCGCAACUUUUCAGAGUCCUUUUUUGAAGCCGCCAGCAUAAUGAGCCAGCUCUCUCAUAAGCACCUACUCCUCAACUACGGCGUCUGUGUUUGUGGCGAUGAGAACAUGAUGAUACAGGAGUAUGGUAAAUUUGGUUCUCUGGACAUCUACCUGAAGAAGAACAAAAGCUCUGUUAACAUCACUUGGAAGCUGGAAGUGGCCAAACAGCUUGCCUGGGCUAUGCACUACCUGGAGGAUAAAAACCUCAUUCACGGAAAUGUGUGCGCCAAGAACGUUCUUUUAAUCAGAAAGGAGGACCGGAGGACCGGCAGCAUGCCCUUCAUCAAGCUCAGCGACCCAGGCAUCAACAUCACAGUCCUGCCCAGAGAAGUGCUGGUGGAGCGUAUCCCAUGGGUGGCCCCUGAAUGCAUAGAAAACCCUCUAAACCUGAGCUUAGCCACCGACAAGUGGGCCUUCGGGACCACGCUUUGGGAGAUCUGCAGCGGCGGAGACAAGCCCCUCGUCACUCUGGACUGUUCCAAGAAGAUCCUCUUCUAUGAGGACAGGCACCAGCUGUCGGCUCCCAAAUGGACAGAGCUAGCCAACCUGAUUAACAGCUGCAUGGACUAUGAGCCUUCAUAUCGGCCGUCCUUCAGAGCCAUCAUCAGAGAUCUCAACAGCCUCUUCACACCAGACUAUGAGCUGCUGGCGGAGAGUGACAUGUUGCCCAACAGGACGAGAGGCUUCGGGUUCCCGUGGGCCUCUGAGAGCCAGGAGCCGGCCCAGUUUGAGGAACGGCACCUCAUCUUUCUCAAGCAGCUGGGCAAAGGGAACUUUGGCAGCGUGGAGAUGUGCAGGUAUGACCCGCUGCAGGACAGCACGGGGGAGGUGGUGGCCGUGAAGAAGCUUCAGCACAGCACAGCCGAGCACCUCCGGGACUUCGAGCGGGAGAUUGAGAUCCUCAGAUCCCUCCAACACGAGAACAUCGUCAAAUACAAGGGCGUUUGCUACAGCGCAGGACGAAGGAACCUGCGGCUGAUUAUGGAAUAUCUCCCCUACGGCAGCUUGAGAGAUUAUCUCAUCAAGCACAAGGACCACUUUGACUGCAAGAAACUGCUGCAUUAUUCAGCACAGAUUUGCAAAGGCAUGGACUACCUCGCCACAAAGCGUUACAUCCACAGAGACCUGGCAACCAGAAACAUUCUGGUGGAGAGUGACAUGAGGGUGAAGAUUGGUGACUUUGGCCUCACCAAGGUGCUGCCUCAGGACAAGGACUACUACACGGUUAGAGAGCCGGGGGAAAGCCCCAUCUUCUGGUACGCUCCCGAGUCGCUGACCGAGAGCAAGUUCUCUGUAGCGUCAGACGUCUGGAGCUUUGGAGUCGUCCUCUAUGAGCUGUUCACCUACAGUGACAAGAACUGCAGCCCACCAGCGGUGUUUAUGGACAAGAUGGGGAAUGAAAAGCAGGGCCAGAUGAUCGUCUACCACCUGAUCAACCUGCUGAAACAGGGAUACAGGCUGCCCGCUCCUGAGAACUGUCCCGGGAAGAUUCACACGAUCAUGACAGAGUGCUGGAGCAGCGACCCACGGCUGCGGCCUACCUUUAAGACAUUGAUCCACAGUGUGGAGGCUGUACGCGACAGCAAGGACGGAUGAGGAGCAUUGAUCCUUCGACCUCUGACCUUUGAGUGCUUCUAAACUCCUGGGAGUCCUUCCUUCAUGUCAACAGAACAGUCAAUGUGUCUGUGAUGUCCAGAUGCACCGUUUUACGGCCACACAUGGGAUUCAUAGUGAUUACUACACUACAUCUGACUAAGACGCCUUGAAGAUGCCUUUAAGAACAUUUGAGUUUGAUGAAUUUUUGAGCCUUAAGAAUCAACCAAUACCAACACGCAGACACCAGUGAGCAGCUACUGUGUUUUAACACUCAGAUUUUCUGUUGUUAUCGUUUAUUGUCGGGACCAAAGAGGUCGUCUCAUUCAUGGGACUGUAAAUCACUUUUGAAUUUAAAAACCUCCCUGAGCCCAAUUCCCAACUAAGUGACCCUUGAUGCGCUGCUGUGGCUGUACACACAUCGAUGAUGUCACCUGAUGGCCAGACAGACUGAUGAAGGAGUCAGUAGGCGUCAGCAGCGGCUCUGCUCGUGUCCUGUGGGAACCUACUGUGAAGAUCUCUACAAGGGAUUUCCAUGCAGAUUUGUACUGUUACAGUGGCCUUUUACCCGGCGGAGGUGCUUGGAUGACACCGUCAUUCUACAGAACCAAAGUGAGGACAGGUUAUUUGUCUACAUGACGCCAUGGAAUGUGGAAACAAGAUUAUCACACAGCAAUACACAUGUUGUAACAUUGGGUGGAACAACAUCACCCUUGGGAAAUGAUUGUUCUUAACCCCAAACCUAUAUAUUCUAUAAAUAGCUUGUCUUGUAAAGAGUUUGGCUUGUGGCAAGAUGAAUGUCUGACUUUUCUUCACAUCGUUAUCUGUCAGUGUAUGUGAAAACGUGUCUCAAUCCUAGAGUAUGUUUGUUUCUUCUGUACAAAACUUGAAUAUAUAAAACAUUCCAGGCCAGAUGAUAAUGACUGAAGCAGGAGGAUCAAUACUCCACAAGAAGCUUUGACACACAGGUACAGCACGAGAUACAGAUACUGUUUUCACCUCCAGUGUCUUUUGAUCCAGUUGGUUUGUAGCUUUCCUGCAUUUAAAACUUUGUUAUUUUCUUACUCAGAGACUGUUACUGUGGCAUUUCUGUUGCCAUGUUACAUUAAACGAUUUGAUAAACUA